ACAAAUAUUCAUUGAAAGGAUAAUGUUACUGACACAUGUUUCCAAUCUUUGGUUAACAUUAGCUAAUGGAAACUAAUAUAUUGUUUAACUCGAAAUCAAAACUGUAAACUAUUAAGUGAAAACUUUGUCAAAAAAGGAAUAUAACUUGAGUUUUGUCGACCUCGUAUGGUAAAAGAAAACUAAGAAUAAAACAAAAUAAACCAAGAGUAACUUAAGCUUCAUGGUUGGUGGCUGGGCUUCAUCUACAAAUGCUUGCCAUGAUCAUAAAUAAUGGAGCUAAAUAGAUAAAGCAACGAAGCCCACACAUUCUCGAUGUUUCAAUCCAUAAAUCAGAAGAACAGACCUUCUCUUUGGACUCAAUAAGCCAUUUGCUUGGCUCUGUUAUAUCCUUCUUCCAUGGAAUCCGGCGAACCAGAAACGGCCUUCGAGUUACUCCCGCUUAUUCGUAUCUACAAGAACGGGAGAAUUGAGCGGCUCGUCGACACUGAUUUCGUCCCGCCGGGAACCGAUCCUCUCACCGGCGUCACAUCUAAAGACGUAACAUUUCUCCCGACAUUUGGCGUCUCAGCGAGACUCUUCCUCCCAAACCUCACUCACUCAACUCAACGCCUUCCCGUAGUAGUCUAUUUCCACGGCGGUUGCUUCUGCACACAAUCCCCUUUCACGGCCAAGUACCACAACUAUCUUAACGCCCUUACUGCUGAAGCCAAAGUCGUGGCAGUUUCCGUCGACUACAGGAAGGCACCAGAGCAUCCCAUUCCCACAGCCUACGAAGACUCGUGGGCUGCCCUUCAAUGGGUCAUUUCACACCUUGAUGGGAAAGGACCUGAGAUUUGGUUGAACAAACAUGUAGAUUUCAAAAGGGUGUUUUUGGCCGGAGCUAGUGCUGGUGCCAACAUUGCUCACAACCUGGCAAUGGUGGUCGGAGAUCCUGAUUGUGGGGUGAACAUCGAUCUCAUUGGAGUUGCUUUGGAGCAUCCAUACUUUUGGGGCAGUGUGAGAAUUGGUAAGGAGGCAGAGAAUCCAGUGAAGGCGAGGUUAUUUGAUCAGCUGUGGGGGUUUAUUUGUCCAGCGAGACCGGAGAAUGACGAUCCAUGGGUGAAUCCAGUGGCAGAAGGAGCAGGGAGGCUGGCGGGGCUGGGGAGUGGGAGGGUGCUGGUUUGUGUGGCGGAGAAAGAUGUGCUGAGGGACAGAGGAAGGCUUUACUUUGAGGCGUUGGGGGGCAGUGGGUGGUUCGGGGUGGCGGAGAUUGUGGAAACAGAGGAUGAGGAUCAUUUGUUUCAUUUGAAUGAUUCGGAAGGUCAAAAGGCUAAGGAUCUGAUCCGAGACCUGGGGGAUUUCUUCAAUAGAGACAUGCCCCCUUCUCUGCUGCUUUGAGUCUUUGACUUUGGUCUGAUCUUCUAUUUUUAAAGCUUUUCUCUAUGGAAUCGAAUUUGUAUUUUUUCUAUUUUUAGGGAAGAAAGGGUAAACGAGGCAUAUUGAGAAUGUGCAGAACAUAGACGUGCACUUUUCUA